AUGGGGGUCACCGGCCUCUGGACCAUCGUGCAACCCUGCGCUCGUCCCACUCCCCUCCCAGCUCUCAACCGCAAACGACUCGCCGUCGACGCCUCAAUCUGGAUCUACCAAUUCCUCAAAGCCGUGCGCGACAAAGAAGGAAAUGCGCUCCGCAAUUCGCAUAUCGUGGGAUUCUUCCGCAGGAUAUGCAAACUUUUGUUUCAUGGCAUUAAACCUGUUUUUGUGUUUGAUGGUGGCGCGCCCAUAUUGAAACGACAAACGGUAUUGGGCAGGAAGAGAAGAAGAGAGGGGAGGAGGGAAGAUGCUGUUAGAACUGCAGGGAGGCUUUUGGGGGUACAGAUGAAGAGGAGGGCGGAGGAGGAAGAUAGUGAGAGGAAGAGGAGGGAAAGGGAAGGACGAAGCAGACCUGUUGAAGAAGAAGAGGUGGUGCCGGAAGAACAAUUAGCAUAUGUGGAUGAGAUAGGGAUGUCGGAGCAACAAGUCCAAACGACCCGGAAAUUUUACAAAAAGGACGCAUAUCAUUUACCUGAAUUGACAAAUGGCAUAGAAGGAAUGGGUAGACCGGAAGAUCCGAGAAUCAUGUCGGCAGAGGAAUUGGAAGAAUAUGCGAGACAGUUUCAUAAUGGAGAAGAUGUGAAUUUAUAUGAUUUCAGUAAGAUCGAUUUUAAUGGGGAGUUUUUUAUGAGUUUACCAGCGGGAGAUCGGUAUAAUAUUUUGAAUGCGGCGAGGUUGAGGAGUAGAUUGAGGAUGGGGUUGAGUAAGGAACAAUUGGAAGAGAUGUUUCCGGAUAGGAUGGCUUUCUCGAAAUUCCAAAUUGAGAGGGUUAGGGAGAGGAAUGAGUUGACGCAGAGAUUGAUGAAUUUGAAUGGAAUGAAUGCGGAGGAGCAGAUGUUUGGGGUUAAUGGGACAAGUAGAAUUGCAGGGGAGAGGGGAAGGGAAUACGUUUUGGUCAAGAAUGAUGGUGUUGAAGGUGGUUGGGCUUUAGGUGUGGUCUCCUUGGAAAAGGGAGUGGGGGACAGGAAUAAACCGAUUGAUGUUGAUGAUUAUGAUCGAAAAAAUAACAAGGUGGACUUGGUGUCUGAAUCUGAGGAAGAUGAUUUCGAGGAUGUUCCUGUUGAAGGAUUAAAUCGGUUACCGAAAGCCAAAGAUGAUGGGAGGAAUAUGACUUAUAGUGAUUUUCAAGCCAGAGAAGUUGCUGAAAGAAGGAAAGAGUACUCCAACUCGAGGAGAAAAUCGAAUUCAAAACCUACACGAAUGCCAUCUGAGGAUCCGGAUUCGCUCUUCGUGGAUGAUGUAGUCGAACAACCGGGACCCAGCUCCUUGAAUGCAACUUACGAUGAUGAGGAUGAAGAUAUUAAUUGCGCGAUUGCUAUGUCAUUACAAAAAGAUCAAGAUGAGGAUGUAGGACUUGACGAGGAGGAUCAUAUAAAUCGAGCAAUUGAACUAUCACUCCAAAAAGGCUAUGGUCAGGAAGAAGCGGAAGAAGAAGAAGAUGAUGCAUUUGAGGAUGUACCAAUGCCAGAAUAUGAGCAAAGAGCAGUAGCAGAUGCUAGACCUCUCACUAAGUCUAGUGGGAAAAUGAUUGCUCAUAUGGUUAAUAAUAGAGCUAAUGCUGCUGUGCCGAAACGGAAAGAAGAGACUGAGAAGGUGGAUAGUGAUAGUGAUAGUGAUAUGGAUUUUCAAUCCGCAUUGAGGAAAGCAAGGUCACAAAAGGCACCGGAAAAAGUCCGUCAAGCAGCACCAGUUGUUGUGAACAAAAAGAAUCCUUUCGAUGGACCAUUACCGUUUGAGAGUAUUCAAUUCAAAUCAUCUUUAUUCGGCAAGAAGAAACCAGAAGAGUUAACUGGAGAGCCACUAGAGGAAGAUGAAGAGGAACUGGCUGGUGGCUUCGAGAAAGAAGAUGAAGAAGAAAAGGCGAAACCAUUACCUCCUUGGUUAAUUGGCAAUGAUGAUAUUAGAUCACAAGUACAACAGCAGCGCAAGAAAGAUCAAGAAUUGAACGCGAAGGAUCGCGAAAGAGCAGAAGAAGACGAGAGGAUUUUUCAACGUGAUCACGGGGUUAUUCAUGUAGACUCUGAUGAUGAUAAUGAUAGUGAUGUGGAAGUUUUGGACAAAGCGCCCACGCUUAAUAUUGCGGAGAAUAGUAUGGAUGAUUUGGCGGAAGCUGUUAAAGCUCAAUCGCCGCUGUCUGAUGUUCCUCGGGAUCGACGGCCAUCGGCAGAACCUCGUGCGGAAGAUCCGGUUGGCUUGAUAGAGGAGUCUGAUGUACCGGUAGAGUGGUCGGAGAGCGAUUAUGGGGAUGUUGCUCCCAAGUCUAAUAAGGCUUCAGAAUCCAUACCUCCCGUUGAAGAGAGCCUAGAUGUGUCUUCUUCGAAAUCAAAAUCACCGUCUCCUGUUUUCGAAGAUGUGGAUCUUCCUGAUGUUCAAGCAACUGAACCUACACAACUAUCAACUUCUGCAAGAAAAAGUCCGACUCCAGUGUUUGAAGAUGUUCAAAUGGCAGAUGCUAUAUCUACCUUGCCAUCUGGACCCACUGCAUCCGACAAGCCACCCUUUGACGAUGCAUAUGAUCGUCAAGAAGCUGAAGCGAUUCCAGAUGAAUUCGAUUUUAGCGAUCCGGAAGAAGAAGAACUAAUGACCCAACUCGCCAUCGAAGCAGAAGAACAUGCUCGCUUUGCCAGUACCCUAAACAACAAAUCCGAAAAAGAAAACCAUGAUUCAUACGAGCAAGAACUCAAAGCAUUGCGAAGUCAACAAAAGAAAGAUCGUAGAGAUGCAGAUGAGGUAUCUCAUAUCACGAUCACAGAAUGUCAAACUCUACUCCGUCUUUUCGGUAUUCCUUACAUCACCGCACCAAUGGAAGCAGAAGCUCAAUGUGCUGAGCUUGUCCGUCUGGGUCUUGUAGAUGGCAUUGUGACUGAUGAUUCGGAUAUUUUUCUUUUUGGCGGGACGAGAGUUUAUAAAAACUUAUUUAAUUCCAAUAAGCUCGUGGAGUGUUACCUCUCAUCCGAUCUGGAAAAAGAACUUUCUCUUUCGAGGGAUCAACUCAUUUCAAUAGCUCAUUUACUAGGUUCUGAUUACACGGAAGGGAUUCCCGGUAUCGGACCCGUCACCGCCGUGGAGAUACUCUCGGAAUUUCCAUCCCAUGCCGGACUUGAAGAAUUCAAAGAAUGGUGGUCCCUCGUUCAAAAUCCUCUCACAACCCCUCCACUCGCAAGCGAACCAACACUCUUCCGCAAAAAGUUCCGUCGUUCACAAGCGACGAAACUAUUUCUACCCCCCGCAUUCCCGAGUCAGGCGGUUACAGAAGCAUAUCUCAAACCGGAUGUUGAUAGUACGGCCGAGGCUUUCCAAUGGGGAGUUCCAGAUCUAGGACAACUGAGAGAAUUUUUGAUGACCACGGUGGGUUGGAGUCAAGAACGGGUGGAUGAAAUUUUGGUGCCGGUGAUUAGGGAUAUGAAUCGACGGGAGACGGAGGGGACGCAGAGUAAUAUUACGAGAUACUUUGAGGGUGGUGUUGGGGUGGGGGGAGUGGGAGGUGGUGGGGGUGAGGUUAGGGAAAAAGGGAGCAAGAGGAUGAGAGAGGCGGUGGGGAAAUUAAAGGCGAAGAAGAAAGGUGGAGCGGCGAAUUCGUUGAAGGAUAGAGGUACCUUUGCGGAUAAUGCGAGGGAGUGGGCGAAGAAGAAUGAAUUGAGUGUGGAGGCGCAAGCGAAAAGAGAUGCGAGUAAAAAGGGGAUGGGGAAGGGAAAGGGAAGGAAAAGAGUGGUGGAGGAGGUGGAUGGGGAUGAGGGGGGUGAAGAUGAAGAUGAAGAUUUGGAUGUGGAUGCUGAAAUAGAUAACAAUGAAGCAGACGAUUAUGGUGAUGAUGAUGAGGAGGAGGAGGAGAAGGGAGAGGGUUCAAUAGGUUCUAAAUCUAAAGCAGUGGGUUUGGAGAGAGGAAAAGGAAAAGGAAAAGGAAAAGGAAAAGGAAAAGGAAAAGGAAAAGGCAGGGGAAUGGGAAGAGGAAGAGGCAAUGGAAAAGCGACGGGGCAAGGGUUCAAAAGACCGAAGAUCACGGAAUGA